AUGAUUUGCGAUUUGAACGUGCCGUGGCCGAGAACGGACUAUUCUUCUCCCACUGGCUCUGAGAUUUUGUCGCUGAAAAAGCAGCUGGCGAUUUUGGAGGAGCUGGGCUAUACUCAUAUCGCAUUGAACUUCACGUUGGACCAGGGUGUGAAGCUGCCUUCUGGAAAUGUUAAUCCCAUUGACUUGAAGCUAGUCCAAGAGUUUCAGUCGAGACUCAAGAUAUUCACUCGAGUUACUCUCAUCAUAGACGACGUUUCAUCUCACCAGGGACUCUCCAAGCUGAACACAUCCUUUGACCUCAUUUCUGUGAUACCGAGGUCUGAGAAAGCCCUGCAACUGGCCGCCUCAAAUCUGGAGAUCGAUCUCAUCAGUUUGCCAUUCCACCAAAGAUUACCGUUUUAUCUAAAACACAAGACGGUCUGUUCUGCAACAGACCGUGGUGUUCUUUUCGAGAUCAACUAUGGGGACAUGAUCAGCGAUGACCUGAAGAGACGCAAUUUCUUUGGAAACGUCAAGGGUCUUAUCAGAGCCAGCAGAAAACGGGGGAUGGUACUUUCUUCAGGAACUUCCGACCCGCUCAGUUUGCGGGGCUCUUUUGACGCUGUUAAUCUACUGGUGGUUCUGGGUUUGGAUUACUCGAGAGCCCAGGCAACCGUCACAGAACAGCCCACCAAGGCUCUGCUCAACGGAAGAUUGCGUCUAAAGAGCCACAAGCAGGCUGUGGUCAUGGGAACAGAUAUUCUGAACGAUUCAGAAAACAUUGGCCACAAGAGGCGGAAGGUGGAAACUAUAGUUGAUAGGAUAUAG